UAAUGCGCAUGAUACUGCGGUUCCACUACUACGGCACGCGCCAACUCACCUUGAGUCGGGCCGCUCGAGCGCCUGUCUGUCGCUCGGGUGUGGGACGUGCGAGGAACCAAUCCCCGCCCCCAAAGCGUCUGUCGGCGUCCAAUCAGGCGCGAGCGGGGGCCGACCCGGGGCCGCGUUCUCACUCUUGGUUUCACUAUGCACUCGUAAAAACGGCUCGGCGUACUACGACCGCGGCGGUGCAGGUGCUCUGUCUCUGCGGGAGAGGAUGCGGAUGGAAGGACGGGGGAGGGAAGGGAUGAAGGGAAAGAAAACAGGACAUGAAAAAGGGGCAUUUCCUGCCAGACCGUGAGGUGCAAGGUCGAAUAUGACAGAUUGGUCGAACGGGGCACUUUGUGUGGCGAGAGCAGGUCGGCAAUAGUACUAUGAUUUGGUAUGUGGCCACUCUGAUAGCAAGUGUAUUCAGCACCAGAGGAACCGCCGCUCAAGGUGCCCACGGAGUGAGAGAGGAGCCCCGGUUUGUGACGGCGCGAGCUGGAGAGAGCGUGAUCCUGGGGUGUGACGUGUCCCCUCCCCUGGAUGGCCAGCAGCCCCCCUAUGUAGUGGAGUGGUUCAAGUUCGGAGUGCCUAUUCCUUUCUUCAUCAACUUCCGCUUUUAUCCUCCUCAUGUGGACCCAGAGUACACAGGCAGAGCGUCUCUGCACGGGAAGGCCUCCCUGCAGAUUGAUCCGGUUCGCUCUGAGGACCAGAGCUGGUACGAAUGCAGGGUCCUGAUGCUGGAGCAACAGUACGACACCUUCCACAAUGGCAGCUGGGUGCACCUCACGGUCAAUGCCCCGCCUACUUUUACAGCGACUCCGCCACAGUAUGUGGAGGCAAAGGAGGGGGGAAGUACUCUACUUAGCUGCUCCGCCCAGGGAAAUCCUAAACCAAUGAUCAGCUGGUUGAGGGAGGGGGAGGCGCUUGCAACCAAUGAAAAAUACUCGGUUCACGAUGGCAGUCUAACCAUUCUGAGCAUCACCAGAGAUGACAGAGGGGCGUACACCUGCCGCGCCUACAGCGACCAGGGGGAAGUUCUCCACACGACCCGGCUGCUGGUUCAAGGGCCUCCAUUCAUUGUCUCACCACCUGAAAACAUCACCGUAAACAUAUCCCAGAAUGCACUCUUCACCUGCCAAGCGGAGGCAUAUCCUGGCAAUCUGACCUACACCUGGUUUUGGGAAGAAGACAACGUCUAUUUCAAGAAUGACCUGAAGCUCCGAGUGCGCAUCCUCAUCGACGGCAGUCUCAUCAUCUUCCAGGCCAAGCCGGAGGAUGCUGGGAAAUAUACCUGCAGUCCCAGCAACAGCCUCGGCAUCUCGCCCUCAGCAUCGGCCUACCUGACUGUUCAGUACCCUGCCCGAGUGAUCAACAUGCCCCCAGUCAUCUACGUCCCACGGAAACUGCCAGGCAUAAUCCGCUGCCCGGUGGAUGCCAAUCCACCAGUGACAUCAGUGAAAUGGGAAAAAGACGGCUACCCUCUCAGAGUGGAGAAGUACCCUGGUUGGAGCCUGAUGCCAGAUGGAAGUAUCCGUGUGGCGGAGGCCACAGAAGACUCCCUGGGCACCUACACCUGUGUGCCUUAUAACGCCCUGGGUACCAUGGGCAUGUCCCCCCCUGCCACUUUGGUGCUAAAGGAUCCCCCUUACUUUAACGUGAGGCCUGGGGGGGAGUACCGUCAGGAGGCUGGGAGAGAACUCGUAAUCCCCUGUGCUGCUUCUGGAGACCCUGAUAUCCCGACCAUCACCUGGAGGAAGGUGGGGAAGCCGAGCAGGAGUAAGCACAACAUCCUCCCCAGCGGCAGCUUACAGUUCGUCUCCCUCGGCAAGGAGGACCACGGAGAGUGGGAGUGUGUCGCCACCAACGUGGUGACGAGCAUCACUGCCAGCACGCGCAUCCUCGUCAUCGGCACCAGCCCACAUGCUCCUGGCAAUAUCCACGUAAUGCCCUCAACGACCUCUGCUAAUGUAUCGUGGGAACCCGGCUACGACGGCGGCUUCGAGCAGACAUUCUCUGUGUGGUACGGUCCAGUGUCAAAGAGGGUCGACUUCGGGCCUCAUGACUGGCAUUCCAUGCCCGUUUCUGGUGCUCAGAUUUGGUUGGUGGUACCAGGACUGGAGCCUGGGACCGAGUACCAGUUUAGUGUGUUGGCACAAAACAAACUGGGCACCGGCCCUUUCAGUGAAGUUGUGACAGUCAACACCGCAGGCUCUCCUCUGGGUACCCCAGAACCUCUGGUGCUUCUUAGUCCACCACGGUGCCUCACAGCCAAUCGCACGCAACACGGAGUCCUCCUCACCUGGCUCCCGCCAGCCAACCACUCCUCGCCCAUCGACCGUUACAUCAUGGAGUUUCGCCUCGGGGAGCGGUGGGAGGUUCUGGACGAUCUGAUCCCGUCCACUGAGACGGAACUCGUAGCCAGAGACCUCAUUCAGGAGUCGUGGUACGAGUUUCGAGUGAUGGCUGUCAUGGAUGACCUGAUUAGCGAGAGCAGCAAUGUGGUGGGCGUGUCCAGCACAGAUCCCUUCCCGCCUGCGGAGGUGGCUGAUGAGGGGCUGGCACGGCCGGUGGUAGCGGGCGUAGUGGCAACAAUCUGCUUUCUGGCAGCGGCUGUGCUGUUCAGCACCCUCGCUGCGUGCUUCGUCAAUAAGCAACACCGUCGCAAACUCAAGCGCAAACCAGACCCUCCCUUAUCUGUGACACACUUCAGGAAAAGCGUUGAGUCACCGCCUCCUCUCACCCCCUUGCCAGGGGUAGAGCCCUGCUGGGACGAGCCUGCCAGGAGCAGUUUCUUGCUCCCUCCCGCCAGCCCCCUAUUAUCAUCAGGGAAGAUAAGCCCAGAGAGUUCCCCUCCAUCUCGGCCCCGCUCCCUUUCUUCAGAGGGUUCUCACGGUCCAGGCCUAUAUGUCAGAAAGCUGCCCAGCCCUCAGAGAGAAAAAGAGAAGGAGCUGUCCUUCUACAAGAAAACCAAGCGUGCCAUAGCCAGCAAGAAAUACAGCGUGUCCAAGCACGAGGCAGAAGUCACCACACCUAUUGAGCUGAUCAGCCGCGGUCCUGAUGGCCGCUUUGUCAUGGAGAGCAGCCCACUGCCCCGCAGGAUCCAGGGAUUCCCCUUCGCAGAGGAGUCUGACAUGUACCCCGAGUUCCGGCAGUCGGACGAGGAGAACGACUUUGACCCUGGGCCUCUGCCGCCCAUCAUGCCCACGCUGCGGCCCCAGCUGUCCCCAACGUCCUCCAGCCUGGAAUCAAUGCAGCCCCCCACCUACAGCCCCCGCCUGCACAGGCCCAUGGAAGGUAUGAGCUUUGCAGAGGGCAGUGCACUUCAUGCCUCGGGGCAAGCUCCGGCCUCCCGCUACAGGGGCUUUCCCCAGGGCCCAUUCUAUGGGUAUCUAGGCAGCCGUGCUGAAUCAGGGAUUCCACCACCAUUCUACAUGCCUGACAUCAGCCCGCGUAGCUCUGCUCUGUCCUCCCCUCCAGGCACCGCCGAGGGCCCAUUUGGUUACCCCUCCAUUCCUGAGGAGAGUGGAGAGAUGGAGCACCAUCAGUACACUGCCUCUCGUCAUUCUCUGUCUCACACCCACAGCCCUCCUCCUCGCUCACCUGAAAGCUGGCAACCUCAUGAUUUACCCUUCUUAGGUUUAGAGGCUCCACGGUUUGUAUAUCCAUCUCACCAUCCUUUACAUCAUCCCCAGGACCUCCCUGACCCACCUCCAUACCCUCCUCACUCUCUCCCACCCAGUCGCAUGCACCUCCCUUCGCUAAAGGAUCCAACAAGCCCUGGACUCCUGCAGCUGGAGGUUCCCGUGGCUCCCCCAGGCAGAGAUAGACCUCCGGUUAGGCGUUUAACUAUGCAACAGGCCCAGAGUCUUGGCCAGCUUAGACACACGUCCCACGGAGUGGGUGUACCAGUGUUGCCUUACCCUGACCCGGCAGCCCGUGCAGGGAGCCCAAGCACAGCCCCCAGUAGUAGCCCUCAGUCCUGGCUUAGCCCAAGGGCAGGGCGCCGGGCAGAUCCCAGCCUACCCCCACUAGUACUCCAGCCCUCUCGCCUCUCUCCGCUCUCCCAAAGUCCUCUUAGCACCCAGCCAGGUUCCCCUGAUAUUCUAGUGCGCCCUCCGCCCCGCCCCAGCAUCCUCCGCACCUCUCGGUCUCUGGAGAUGCCCGAGAUCACCCUGCAGCCCUCAGCUGCUGCCAGUUUCUCUCGGAGGUCCUCCCUGACCGCCUCUCCCACUCAGAGCCAGGGUACCAAGCAGCCCAGCCCGAGUUACCAUGCCCACAUGUCCUACGCAUCUACUGCAGCCAGUUAUCCCUCGCAGUCACCCUCUCCCCCUCCAGAGGGCAGGGAUGUUUUCGGGCAGACGCCAUCCCAGAGAAGGACAGAGGAGGAGAUGCUACCCUCAGAGCCCUCUCAGCUCCAGAUAUCAGCCUCAGGGGGGCCUCUAGGUGCGUCUAGUGAUCCUGCCGGGUCUGAGAGUUUACCAGCACUGCUACACCACUGCAUUAGUAAAGCCAAAGGAGCAGCUGCCAACAACAAUAACAACAAAGCUUCCAGAAGGAGAACAGGUGUGUCUCCCUCUCAGACCCAGCAGCAAUCUCAGACACCCCGAGAGGGAGAGGAUCUCCACAGAAAGAGGAAGAAGCAAAACAAGAAGAACCCUUAUCUGUACUUGACCUCUUUCCUGCGUGGCAGGCGGUCCAAGGAGGACCAGACAGGCAUUCUGACCAGUGCGGACUCUGAGGUCCCAAACUAUGGGACUCUAUGCUGACCCCUCUGCCCGCCGCUAUCACUGACAAGCCAAGCCAUUGGACUCGACGAAACUGACCCCUGAAGCCCAC